AUGUGGCCCCUGGGCUUCGUUGCUGGGGAGCGCUACGGGUUCCGCGUGCCAGUGCGGGUGCCGCAGUGGCCCAGCACAGGCUUUGACUUGUUCUUGGAGCUGGGCUACUGGAACCAAAGCGUCGGAAGCGGGCUGAGACCCUUCGCGGUCGUGCUACCUGGGCCCACGCCGAGCAUGAUCCGCACGCCCUUGGUGGACUACCUCACCGGCCGCGUGAGCGAGGAGCAGGCGGUGAGGGUGCGGCUCACAACGACCUCGCCGAUCUUCAGCGGCGGCGGCUUCGUGUUCCAGGGUGGCGUUGCCACCCGCAGACUCCAGUGCACUUGCCAGAGUGUCCAAGUUGGCUGGAGCUGCGCUGUGGGGCAGCGGCCGACUGGAGAGCUCUUGGUCACUGUGGUGGUGGACAGGGCUUUGCCGGGCACACACUCCGUCCUCUUGGCGUGCAGCAACCCGCCCAAUGCCUAUGCCGCAGGGAGUUGGACGAUCGGCAGCUACCAAGAUCCGUUGAACUACCCGGAUGCCACGCAGGUGGAUGCACCAGCCACAGCCGCCGGAUUUCCCAUGCAGGCUUCCUUGGAGUACUUUGAGCGCCUGCCUCGCAACGACACCUACGGCUUUGAUCCCCGGCCUUUGAGGAACAGCUCCACGCUCCUGGCCUUCCGCCUCCCGCAGCCUGCCUCGCUGGUGCGGCUCCGGGCACCGGAGGGCAGCCGGUUCCAGAUCCGCUGCCUGGAUCAGAUCUUUACGGACUUGAGCCAGGUCUUCCCAGAGGCGGUGCCACAGGCGUGGGGCGGGGUCAGCGGGUGA